AUCGUGUAUAGUCCAAUUUGACUCUAUUACUAACAUAAGAAAGCCCUUCGCCUGGAUUUAAGUCCUUAUUUUGUGCAGUACCGAGUUCCAUUAUUAGCCGGUUUAGCCGCUAGCUAGCUAGCUAUUAGCAAGCACCUUUCACAGCCACUACUUUCGGCCUCACUCGUAACAUGUACACAUGCCGCUCACUAGAAACGAGCUCUUUUAAACACUGCGGUCUUGGUAAAGGUAAAAAUAAAAUGUAAAGAAUUCCUAACACGAAGUAAGGAUGAGUCUAAGAAAACAGACACCCAGUGAUUUCUUGAAGCAGAUCAUCGGCAGGCCGGUGGUGGUCAAGCUGAACUCGGGUGUCGACUACCGAGGUGUCCUGGCCUGUCUGGAUGGUUACAUGAACAUCGCCAUCGAGCAGACAGAGGAGUAUGUCAAUGGACAGCUCAAGAACAAAUAUGGGGAUGCAUUUCUACGAGGAAACAACGUUCUGUAUAUCAGCACACAGAAGAGGAAAGUCUAGCCCAUCGACUUUUUUUUUUUCUUCUUCUUUUGGUUCUUGUGAAGAUAUUGUGUUUGAUGAAUCUUCAAUACUGAGCAUUUUUUUUGUAAAAGUGAAAGUUGCUAAUAAAUCCUCCUGAGUUUUGACUUAGA